AUGACAAAGCUAUUCCUGAUUCUACUUGUUCUUGCCAUCUCCGCAACUCAGACCCUUGCCCAAUGGGGUAUGGGUGGUGGUCCAAUGGGCGGUAUGGGAAUGAUGGGAGGUCCUGGCAUGGGCUAUGGCAGAAUGGGAGGCAUGGGCGGGUACGGAAGGAUGGGAAUGAUGGGAUACCCUGGCAUGGGGUAUGGAGGCAUGGGUAAGAGUUUGAGAUUUAGUAUUAUUGAUACUUACCAUAAAUAUCCAAAAUUUUAUUUUCAGGAGGAUGGGGAUAA